GUAUUAGUUUUGGUUUAAACGAAUGAUAGUUCUAAAAUAUAUUUUGAGUUUUAUUCCAUCAUUUAAAAUAUUAUCUAUAAAGAUUAAUUUGAUUUAAUCUAUUGGAAGUUCUAUAACUCUUGACGAAAUUGGUUAUUACAUUAAAGUCCUAAUAUUAAGAAAGAAUCAAUUCAAAUGUAACCCCGAACACUAUUAUUUGCUAUCGAUAUUCGAUUAUACCUUACACGAUUUAAGCACUUUUGGGACUUCAAUUUGCUAGGGGCCGUAGCAUAGUUUUCUCUAGUACACCUCAGUUCUUGAUUGACUUCUCAUUGGACUAGUCGUAUUUUUUGCUUCGAAAUGGGAAAAAGCUGGUUUAAUGGCGAGAACCUAUUGUUGGGUUUUUGCGGUGGUGUUUAUAUUUCGUUUUUCAUAUUUGCAAUAAUAACUCUAGUCAUGUGCUGAGAUUAACUUGUAUCAAUAUCCUAUUAUCUUCAAUGCCAAACCCUAUUUUCGGAUUGUUUGAUUUUUUAAGUUGUGGUUGACAAAAUGAAGCAUAUGGUUGGCUCCUAUCCGCCGAAGAAGGAAAUUCAAUUUUAUUUGACGCCCGCCGAGGAGGCUCCCUCUGGCACAUUCUCCCGCGGCACCUAC